UACGAAAUCCACUCCCUCCAUCAGUUUUCCCAGCUUAUGUCACGAUGGGAGCCCAAAAAAUUAGUCAGAUCCAAGACUCAAGUGGGCCACACAACAAGAGAUGGUGGGGAUUCAGAGCCGACCAUUGAAAUCUUCUUGUGGCCCACAGAAGUUAGGAUCCCGCUGGCAUUUGUGUUUUUCCUUCAUCCGGUGGGAAUCGCCUUAUGAACGGUUUAGAUGGCAUUUAAACGUCACGGUGAGCGCCAGGAAGGUUUGAAAGGUGGGCGUUUACAUCCUCACUGUUCCUGUGGUGUGGCCCACUUCAAUCUUGGAUCUGCUUCAUAUUCAGGCUCCCAUCAUAAUACAGUCUGGAGAAACUGAUAGACGGAGUGGAUUUCACGGGACAUGCAGUGGGCCCCACAGAACUUUAGAUUACAGGAACCAUCUGCCAAAUUCAAACUAAAUCACCAUCCCCGCCUCUCCAUCAAGAAUGCGUCUGCCAUGGCCGCCGUUAACAUGCUCGAGGGCGACCUAGCACCACCUUCCGUUGUGGGGCCCACCAGCUCACCGGGCCCCAUCCACGCGCGGGCUAUCAAAACAGGCACCACCGGUCUCUCCAUCUUCAACAGCCUCAUCACUCUCUACUCCAAAAACCCAUCCACUCUCUCCUACGCCCUCCGCCUCUUCAAUGAAAUCCCAUCGCCCAACGUCGUAUCCUGGACGUCCAUCAUCACCGCCCAUGCCAGCACUCCUUUCUCCCUCUCCCUCUUCCUUUCCAUGCUCCGCCACCCUAUCCUCCCCAACCAGCGCACGUUAGCCACCCUCCUCAAAACCUGCGCUUCCCUCCCCUCUCUUUCCACUGGCCUCCAGCUCCACUCCCUCGCCCUCAAGCUCUCUCUUUCCCAUCUCCCCUUCUCCGGAAGCGCUCUUGUCCAUAUGUACUCGAAAUGCAGCCUUCCGGACGAUGCCCGCAAGGCGUUCGAUGGAAUUCCCCACAGAGACGAGGUCUGCUAUGCUGCCGCCAUUGUCGGCCUUGCGCAGAACUGCCGCUCGGCAGACGCGAUCUCAAUAUUCGCAAGCAUGAGAUCGGCCGGCGUGGGGUCCACCAUGUAUAGCGUGUCCGGUGCGCUGCGGGCAGCAGCGGAGGCAGCUGCUCUUGAGCAGUGCCGGAUCCUGCACGCGCAUGCUGCCGUUGCGGGCCUCGAGUCGAACCUCGUUGUGGGGACUGCGUUGGUUGAUGCGUACGGGAAGUCAGGCCUUGUUUCUGACGCGCGGCAGGUGUUUGAUGGGUUGUUGCCGGGCGUGAACAUCGUCGGGUGGAAUUCAAUGAUGGCAGCAUACGCCCAACAGGGCGACUCAGGCUCUGCAAUUGAGCUUUUUAACAGGAUGCCAAGCCAUGGUCUAGUAGCCGACGAGCUCAGCCUUCUUGCAAUCCUCACUGCAUUUAGCAACUCGGGCUUGGUCUUUGAAGCCAAGCACUGGCUUGAUUCAAUGACCAAUGAAUAUGGAGUGCGACCGGGGCUCGAGCAUUACACUUGCGUGGUGGGCACCAUGGCCCGGGCAGGCCAACUCAAGGAUGCAGAGAACCUCGCAAACACAAUGCCAUUUGAGCCCGAUGCUGCGGUAUGGCGUACCCUGCUCUCCGCCUGUGCAACCCAUGGUGCGGUCCACAUGGGCAGGUUGGUGGGCCAUAAGCUUCUUGAGCACAACCCACGAGACGAUUCAGCCUAUGUGAUGCUCUCAAACAUCAAUGCGGCAGCUGGGAGAUGGCCUGAGAUGGCUGAAGUAAGGACGAUGAUGAAAUACAGAGGGGUGAAAAAGGAAGGUGGGCGGAGCUGGAUAGAAGUGCGUGGAGAAGUGCACAUCUUCUUGGCAGGAGACCGGAGGCAUGAAAGGACAGCCGAGAUAUACGCCAAGCUGGUGGAAUUGAUGGAGGAGAUUGCAAAGCUGGGCUACGUGGAGGCAUCGGAGGUGGUGCUGCACGAGGUUGAGGCAGCUGAGAAGAGGGAGGCGCUUUGGUUUCACAGCGAGAAGCUGGCGGUGGCAUUUGGGGUGGUGAGCGGGGCCGCCCCACCAGGGAAAGCUCUGAGGGUUGUUAAGAAUCUGAGGAUAUGUAGAGACUGUCAUGAGGCUUUCAAGUAUAUGAGCAGGGCUUUGGAGAGGGAUAUUGUUGUGAGGGAUGUGAAUAGAUACCACAAGUUUGAGCAUGGGAGCUGCACUUGUGGGGAUUACUGGUAAAUGAUUGAAUACAAAUGAAGAAUUGAACUUAAGAGCUGAUCAUGAAAUUGAGAUCCUACGACGGUGGUGACCUGAUUGGGUCAAAGUAGGUGAUGGGCCUGCCGAUCAAUCGAAACUUGGAAGAUGUCAAUUUGGGUGUAGUCCCUUUAGGGGGGACCGUAGAUGAUGUGCCCGUCGAUUAAUCGAAACCUGGAAGAUAGCAACUUGGGUGUAGUCUCUUUAGGGAGGACCAUUUGAUCCAAGUGCAUUCCAGAAUUCGCAGCUUGCUGCAAGGCCUGUUUAGGCCGGGCUGCUGUUUGCAUUGCGCUGCUGCUGGCUAUGCAGGAAGAGGCACAGUCUUUCACUGUUCCGAGAUUGCUAGAUAUGUUGUUUGUAAUCCCAGCUUCAUGUUGUGCUGUUGUCAUUAUCUUUCAAUCGCUGCAGGCAUGGAUUCGAGGGGACCCAGAAUAUUUGGACUGCCCAUUUGCAUUCUCAUCCCAAAGGUAGGCUGGCACAAGGUUAUCAGCCUAAAAUUCAGGAGUCUUGAUUUUUCCUGAGUGGUUAUCUUCUCUCCGAGACUGCCUGCCAAUUCCAGCAAGGUGGACAGGAGCAAAAGUGCCAUUGUAGAUAUCUGGGUCAUGGCUCUGCCUGUGCUUCACAUCUGAAGUAUGUUCUCAGCAGGGUGUUGCUCAAUGUCCUCAGCUCGUUACCAACUGAUGUUGUAUUUAAAUUUCGAUCCACCGCAAGUAGAUCCAAUCCAAUCAUCUGAGCUUGGGUGUGUUCUAUGGUCAUCUAGAACGCCUGAACUCAGUCUCAGUCCAUAAUGAGCAUCUCAGGUAGAUGCAUUUUAGUAAUCUUUCCAAGUCGGGAAGGCAUGAACGGCAUUAUAGCUUCCCCCUUGGAGCCCAAAACAAAGUAGCGGCAGAGCAUACGACAGAGUGCCAUAAGAUUCACAGUUGGUUAAAGUUAUUCAGCUGGACUCUUGAGUGGUUUGGGUCGCCGUUCACAUCUUCAGAUAGAUGUUUCAGUCAAUGAAGCAUGCUGCAAAAUUAACGAGCAAUGUGGAAAUUUCUGAUGAAUUAUGCUACACUAAUUUUCUCGAUUUGAAUACAAAGUUAUGAACUCAAGUAUUUUCUACAAUUCAGUGUUGGCAAUAUGAAUUGUCGUGGGAUUUUUUGGGAGCAAGAAACUCCUAUGCAUCAAUAUUUACCUAUCGUGUAAUGGGGAUGACCAUGACCGAUACUGUUACAAUAUGCCUAUGUACCGUUGCCAAUUUUCAAAACCAUGGGGAAGUUAUUUUUGGGGUUCUGCUUCUUCCAUGUUAUGUUGCCUUUCUAUGCUAAUGAAUUCAAAACUACCAAGUGCUGCAACUCUGCUGUGUACUUCAAUGUUUGGUCAGCCGCUGUUAGAUUCUUGAGUGCGUGGUGUUUUAUGAAUCACAGGACCAUCUUUGUCAGGUUAUAAUUUGGAAGCCUUACUGAGUUGCUUAAUUUCACUGUUCUAAUUUGAAUAUUUGCUGAAUUGUUUCUAAUUUUCAUUAUCAAUUGAGAUGGUGUGUGAUCUA